CGCGCUCGAGCGCGCGCCUGUGUGGCACGUUCCUGGGUGUGAGACCCAAAUCAAGACCAAGACCUUUGAUGUCCCCGCCCUCCUAGCGUCGCCGGAAAGGGAACCCCUCAGACCCUCGACACCCGCCACCCCUCUCCGGACACUGCCAUCGCGGAGGCGCUCAGAGCCGGAAGGGGACGCUUUGGGAAUGACCAUGCUCCACGGAUGGACGGAGCCGGCCCCCAGCCUCUCCACACAGAGACUCCUCUGCUAAAGCUCCAAAAAUAAAACAAAAAAACCAGAAAACCGUAAUUGCCAGAAGACUCCUUAAAUGUAUAUAUUCGGGCCACUAACCUCACAUGCACAUGGAAUAAUGACUCUGGAUUCUGCAUUGUGAGCUGCUUUCCACACCCUGAGAUUCCCUUUUGCAUUAAUUUUUUUCUUUGAAUUUGCAUCUCUUCAAGACACAAGAUUCAAACCAAAUUUACGCUACAUUGGAUUUUAAAUCUCUUCCGUUCCUUUAUUCUCCGUCUUUCUUAUGUGGAUAUGCAAGCGAGAAGAGGACCCUGGAUAUUCCCAACAUGCUCUCUCCCUUAAUCUGUCCGCCUAGAGGUUUGGCUUCUACAAACCAAGAGAGUGGACAAGCUGAAGAUGAAGCCCAGCGCAGAGUGCUGUUCUCCCAAGUUCUGGUUGGUGUUGGCCGUCCUGGCCGUGUCCGGCAGCAAAGCUCGCUCCCAAAAGAGCGCCCCCAGCAUCGGCAUCGCGGUCAUCCUCGUGGGCACUUCAGACGAAGUGGCCAUAAAAGACGCCCACGAGAAAGAUGACUUCCAUCAUCUCUCAGUAGUUCCCCGGGUGGAGCUGGUAGCCAUGAACGAAACUGACCCAAAGAGCAUCAUCACCCGCAUCUGCGAUCUUAUGUCCGACCGGAAGAUCCAGGGGGUGGUGUUCGCUGACGACACUGACCAGGAAGCCAUCGCCCAGAUCCUCGAUUUCAUUUCUGCUCAGACUCUCACCCCUAUCCUGGGCAUCCAUGGGGGCUCAUCUAUGAUCAUGGCAGAUAAGGAUGAGUCCUCCAUGUUCUUCCAGUUCGGCCCAUCCAUUGAGCAGCAAGCUUCUGUCAUGCUCAACAUCAUGGAAGAAUACGACUGGUACAUCUUUUCCAUCGUCACCACCUACUUCCCUGGCUACCAGGACUUUGUGAACAAGAUCCGCAGUACUAUCGAGAACAGUUUCGUGGGCUGGGAGCUGGAGGAAGUCCUCCUGCUAGACAUGUCUCUAGACGACGGCGACUCGAAGAUCCAGAACCAGCUGAAGAAACUCCAGAGCCCCAUCAUCCUUCUCUAUUGCACGAAGGAGGAGGCCACCUACAUAUUUGAGGUAGCUAACUCGGUCGGGCUGACGGGCUAUGGCUACACAUGGAUCGUGCCCAGUCUGGUGGCGGGGGAUACAGACACGGUGCCCUCCGAGUUCCCCACUGGGCUUAUCUCUGUGUCCUAUGAUGAAUGGGACUAUGGCCUUCCUGCCAGAGUGAGAGAUGGGAUUGCCAUCAUCACCACUGCUGCUUCCGACAUGCUGUCCGAACACAGUUUCAUCCCUGAGCCCAAGAGCAGUUGUUACAACACCCACGAGAAGAGGAUCUACCAGUCGAACAUGCUGAAUAGGUAUCUGAUCAAUGUCACUUUUGAGGGGAGAAACCUGUCCUUCAGUGAAGAUGGCUACCAGAUGCAUCCGAAGCUGGUGAUAAUCCUUCUGAACAAGGAGAGGAAGUGGGAGAGGGUGGGGAAAUGGAAAGACAAGUCCCUUCAGAUGAAAUACUAUGUGUGGCCUCGAAUGUGUCCUGAAACUGAAGAGCAGGAAGAUGACCACUUGAGCAUCGUGACCUUGGAGGAGGCUCCAUUUGUCAUUGUGGAAAGUGUGGACCCUCUCAGUGGAACCUGUAUGAGGAAUACAGUCCCCUGCCAGAAGCGCAUCAUCUCUGAGAAUAAAACAGAUGAGGAGCCAGGCUACAUCAAAAAGUGCUGCAAGGGGUUCUGUAUUGAUAUCCUUAAGAAAAUUUCUAAGUCUGUGAAGUUCACCUAUGACCUUUACCUGGUGACCAAUGGCAAGCAUGGAAAGAAAAUCAAUGGGACCUGGAAUGGCAUGAUUGGUGAGGUGGUCAUGAAGAGGGCCUACAUGGCAGUGGGGUCACUAACUAUCAAUGAAGAACGAUCAGAGGUUGUUGACUUCUCUGUGCCCUUCAUAGAGACUGGCAUCAGUGUCAUGGUAUCACGCAGCAAUGGGACUGUGUCACCUUCUGCCUUCUUAGAGCCAUUCAGUGCUGACGUGUGGGUAAUGAUGUUUGUGAUGCUGCUCAUUGUCUCUGCUGUGGCUGUCUUUGUCUUUGAAUACUUCAGCCCCGUGGGUUACAACAGGUGCCUCGCUGAUGGCAGAGAGCCAGGCGGCCCGUCUUUCACCAUUGGCAAAGCAAUUUGGUUACUCUGGGGUCUGGUGUUCAACAACUCCGUACCUGUGCAGAACCCAAAGGGGACCACCUCCAAGAUCAUGGUGUCAGUGUGGGCCUUCUUUGCUGUCAUUUUCCUGGCCAGCUACACUGCCAACUUAGCAGCCUUCAUGAUCCAAGAGGAGUAUGUGGACCAGGUUUCUGGCCUGAGUGACAAGAAGUUCCAGAGGCCUAAUGACUUUUCACCCCCUUUCCGCUUUGGGACUGUGCCCAAUGGCAGCACAGAGAGGAAUAUCCGCAAUAACUAUGCAGAAAUGCAUGCCUACAUGGGAAAGUUCAACCAAAGGGGUGUAGAUGAUGCAUUGCUCUCCCUGAAAACGGGGAAGCUCGAUGCCUUCAUCUAUGAUGCAGCCGUGCUCAACUACAUGGCCGGAAGAGAUGAAGGCUGCAAGCUGGUGACCAUUGGCAGUGGCAAGGUCUUUGCUUCUACUGGCUAUGGCAUUGCCAUCCAGAAAGAUUCUGGGUGGAAGCGCCAGGUGGACCUUGCUAUUCUGCAGCUAUUUGGAGAUGGGGAGAUGGAAGAACUGGAAGCUCUCUGGCUCACUGGCAUUUGCCACAAUGAGAAGAAUGAGGUUAUGAGCAGCCAGCUGGACAUCGACAACAUGGCAGGCGUCUUCUAUAUGCUGGGGGCAGCUAUGGCUCUCAGCCUCAUCACCUUCAUCUGUGAACAUCUGUUCUAUUGGCAGUUCCGACAUUGUUUCAUGGGUGUCUGUUCUGGCAAGCCUGGCAUGGUCUUCUCCAUCAGCAGAGGCAUCUACAGCUGCAUCCAUGGAGUAGCUAUAGAGGAGCGCCAAUCUGUGAUGAACUCCCCCACCGCUACCAUGAACAACACACACUCCAACAUCCUGCGCCUGCUCCGCACAGCCAAGAACAUGGCCAACCUGUCUGGAGUAAACGGCUCCCCUCAGAGUGCCCUGGACUUCAUCCGGCGAGAGUCCUCUGUCUAUGACAUCUCUGAGCAUCGCCGCAGCUUCACCCAUUCAGAUUGCAAGUCUUACAACAACCCGCCCUGUGAGGAAAACCUAUUCAGUGACUACAUUAGCGAGGUGGAGAGGACAUUCGGUAACCUGCAGCUGAAGGACAGCAACGUGUACCAAGACCACUAUCACCAUCACCACCGACCACACAGCAUUGGCAGCACCAGCUCCAUUGACGGGCUCUACGACUGUGACAACCCACCCUUUACCACCCAGCCCCGGUCAAUCAGCAAGAAACCCCUGGACAUCGGCCUGCCCUCCUCCAAACACAGCCAGCUCAGUGACCUGUAUGGCAAAUUCUCCUUCAAGAGUGACCGCUACAGUGGCCAUGAUGAUUUGAUUCGAUCGGAUGUCUCGGACAUCUCCACACACACUGUCACCUAUGGAAACAUCGAGGGUAACGCAGCCAAGAGGAGGAAGCAGCAAUACAAGGACAGUCUGAAGAAGCGGCCAGCCUCGGCCAAGUCUAGGCGGGAGUUUGAUGAAAUUGAGCUGGCCUACCGUCGCCGACCACCCCGCUCCCCGGACCACAAGCGCUACUUCAGGGACAAAGAAGGGCUGCGAGACUUCUACCUGGACCAGUUCCGAACAAAGGAGAACUCGCCUCACUGGGAGCAUGUGGACUUGACCGACAUUUACAAAGAACGGAGUGAUGACUUCAAGCGAGAUUCGGUCAGUGGAGGUGGGCCCUGUACCAACAGGUCUCACCUCAAACAUGGAACAGGUGAUAAACAUGGCGUGGUAGGUGGGGUGCCAGCUCCUUGGGAGAAGAAUCUGACCAAUGUAGAUUGGGAGGACCGGUCUGGGGGCAACUUCUGCCGCAGCUGUCCCUCCAAGCUUCACAAUUAUUCCUCUACAGUGGCAGGGCAGAACUCGGGACGGCAGGCCUGCAUCAGGUGUGAGGCCUGCAAGAAGGCUGGUAACCUGUACGACAUCAGCGAGGACAACUCCCUGCAGGAACUGGACCAGCCAGCUGCCCCCGUGGCUGUGACAUCCAAUGCCUCCACCACCAAGUACCCUCAAAGCCCGACCAAUUCCAAGGCCCAGAAGAAGAAUCGGAACAAACUACGCCGGCAGCACUCUUACGACACCUUCGUGGACCUGCAGAAGGAGGAGGCCGCCUUGGCCCCGCGCAGCGUGAGCCUGAAAGACAAGGGCCGAUUCAUGGAUGGGAGCCCCUACGCCCACAUGUUUGAGAUGCCAGCUGGUGAGAGUUCCUUUGCCAACAACAAGUCCUCAGUGCCCACUGCCGGACACCACCACAACAAUCCUGGCGGCGGCUACAUGCUCAGCAAGUCGCUCUACCCUGACCGGGUCACGCAAAACCCUUUCAUCCCCACUUUUGGGGAUGACCAGUGCUUGCUUCACGGCAGCAAAUCCUACUUCUUCAGGCAGCCCACGGUGGCAGGGGCAUCGAAAACAAGGCCGGACUUCCGGGCCCUUGUCACCAAUAAGCCCGUGGUGUCGGCCCUUCAUGGGGCUGUGCCUGCUCGUUUCCAGAAGGACAUUUGUAUAGGGAACCAGUCCAACCCCUGUGUGCCUAACAACAAAAACCCCAGGGCUUUCAAUGGCUCCAGCAAUGGACAUGUUUAUGAGAAACUUUCUAGUAUUGAGUCUGAUGUCUGAGUGAGGGAAGAGAGAGAGAGAGGUUAAGGUGGGUACGGGAGGGAUAGGGCUGUGGGCCGCGUGGUGCGCAUGUCAUGGAAAGAGUUGGGGGUGAACUUGGCUCCCAUUUGCUUUUUCUUGUUCUUUUCAUUUCUCUAUGGGAUCCUGGAGUUCUGGUUCCUACUGAAGGCAACCCUCGUGGCCAGCACCGUUCCUCCUCCCUCGCACAGUUCUCUUCCCCCGCAUCUGUCCACCAUCCCUGUUCCCCUGAGAGGAUAGAACUGGCCUCAGUGUGGGAGGAUGGAGAGGCGACAGGAAGGGCUGCCUGUGUGCUUCUUCCUAGUGUGGAAGUUCUCUGAGCACUAUGAGGGAGGCUUUCCUGAAACUGCUCUUUGUUCAGGCGAGGAAGUGAAGGUAUCCUAAGGAAGGCCAUUGGGCCUCCUGCUCAGAAGAGAGAAGAGGCUUUUUGCUGAAUUCUUGCUGCAUGGUUGGCAGCUGCCUAGGGGCCCUGUAACAAGCAGAGGGCAGGAAGUUCUUCUGUGCUUAUAUAUAAGCCAAAUAAAAAGUUUGCUUCAGCUCCAUCAAACUCUUUGGUGGUAAACCAAGAGGGGAAGGCCAUUGGAAGAUGAGGGAUUCCUGAGCGAAUUGGAGAGUGCACUGCAAUAGUGCCCUAGGGUGCAUUGGAGGCAAAAUAGGGCAUUGUGUGUGCACAGAUGUCCACGUGCACCUGCCCUCUCCUGUAGUCAGGUGCCUCUGAAUAUACAGAAGGGAGCCUUGAUGCACCACUUCUGCCCACAUGCUUAAGUAAUGUGCUUGCUUUGGCUUAUAUAUAAACUGAUGUCAUAAGUGACCUGACUUUGGGCUAUCUCUUCCUUUUCCCUUCUUGAGAGAGGACGGAGGUUCUUGACAAAGAAGAUUCUAUAUUGUAGGGGGGAAAUGACAGAGGAAAAUGGUAGGCACUGAGACAACCCUACAAACUAGAUUGUCAGUGUUGCCUGCAGUUUCUAUCACCUUGGACAAAGAACUUUCCAGUAAGGCUUAAGGGAAAUCGAAGCAGCCAUGAAUCUUUUAUCCAGACUCAGAGCAGAACAUUCUAGAAAACUCUUUUAGGCAUUUAGCCCCUUGCCUGGCUGAGGUUUGAGGAAGAACUCUCCACAGAAGGCUUUGAAGGAGAGAAUUAUUUACAGUAGGGUAAGUGAGAGAGGGGGAUGUUUCCAAUGCUUUGAUCCCUUCUUACUUAACCUAGAGCCGAAAGAGUAGGCAGAUUCCCCCAGAACUGAUGAUGAGUGACAGGGGACAGACGAAGGAGAGAAGUGAGCUUGUCCUCAAGGGAAGCCGGAGAGAAUGAAGGAGAUUUGGAAUAUGACUUGAACUAAUGAGAUCACUCCUGAUAGAACCUUUCUUUUCUGCAACCCCCAGUUCCCUCUCAGAUUAUACCACUCAACAGUAAAUGUGCGUGUGCAUGUGUGUGUGUGAGAGAGAGAGUGUGUGUAUGAGUGAGUGUGUACGUGAGUGUGUGUAUGGAAAACUCCAGGGAUGGGGGUGCUGGCAGGUGUGAUGCCCCCUCACUUUAAGUUGGAAAUUUAAAAAGGGAAAUGAAUAUUUGUGUCGCUGCCUGGAACUUGGGGUAGGGGUGUUCUAUGGGUCAGUUCCACUGUCCUGCCGUCCCUUCACACACGGUGGCAUCCAAAGAGCCCUGGGUCUGUUUGGAAGCUUGACUGCAGGACCGCCUUGUCGCACACAGGACACAUAAACCAGAAAGGUGCUCAUCCUCCUCUGGAACGAAGCUGCCAUGUCUCUUCACGCCACACCCUCCAGGGCUGCUCUUUGCCUUCCUGGUCGCCCUGCCUCACGACCUUCCCUCAUCUCCCAUCCUCGACUGCUGUCUCCCACCUCCCUCCUUGAUUUUUUACCUCAGUAUCUUUCAUUUAAAAGUCAACUGGAGGCCUUGUUUUCUUUCUAAAAUGAACGUGGGGGCAAGGGGCUGAACCUCUCAACAGUUUGGAGACAGGAGCGUGGAGUGCUUUACUUUAGGUACCAGGAAAGACUCUGAGAGAGGACCGAGGGAGUGAGGCGACUCCCAGAGGAAGGAGAAGGGCCAUAGAAACAUUGCUUCACUCUGGCUCUGUCCAAGGGCCAGGGGCUCAUCCCUCACCCUUCCUCUUACCUCACCCCUUUAAAAUUAAAAAAAGAAAAAAAAAAACCAAACCAACUAACCUAGCGAACAGCAAUCUAGAAAGCAGGGGGCUCUGGUGGUCUCCACUGGCCACAGAAAUCAAGAUGGUGUUUAUUUCAGAUGUAAAUAUUUUGUUUUAUAAUUAAUUUUGUAUAGAUAAAGUGUUCUCCUGUGAGUAUUCAGGGUGUUGAGCUGGAGGGAGCGGGGUGGGGAUGGGAAUGAGGGGGGAAUUAUUUCGUUACGGGUUUUCAUUUUCUGUUGGGAGGAAUUGUUUGUAUGGCCUUUGCUUCAGAGUGUCUGGAAAAAGUUAAUGGGAACAGAAGCCACAAUGGUGAACAAGCCAGGGGAAAGUCAUUUAUGUCCAUGCCCCAUCUCCAAAACCUGUCUUCCUGCUGGUUUGUGAGAAGUGAUCAUGUACUUUGGCCUGAGUUUUGCAGGGUCCAAAUCAGCACUAAGUAAAACUUGGCCUGCCUCUUGUCUUCUAGGGAGACCAUAGGACACCAUCACUCUGUCAAAGACAAACUGGUGGCAUAUGAUUUUUCCUUGUCAGUACCUGGGCUUGCAAAGGUUCCCCAAAGGGCUUGAAAAAGAAUUGAGGUCCAGUUACCUCCCAUUCUUGACGUGGCUGAGAGGUUUCCAGAAGCUAGAUUCUGAGAAAUCUCACAGCAGCCUUCUCUGAUGCUUAACCAUCAUCCUACCAUUCUGAUACAUCAUGCUCUAGAACCUGACCACCCCAUCCCCCUAUCUGUGCCCACCUAUAGAAAUGACCACUUCAGGCACACCCAAGAAAUACCACAAAUUCUGCCUCAGCAUGUGGUUUCAGGCUGUACAGGGAUAGCAAUGGAUACAAGAGGUCUUAGAGAUUUACAUGCUUUUCUAGAAAAGGUCACCAGAUCCCCUCAAAACUCAUUAGCCUAGCAAGGAAGCUAAAAUCAGUUUCAAAGGAGGGAAAGUGGCUAUGUGAGGGACAGUACCAAUGGUGGCUUUAUAGUUGCCUUGUUCUUACUGCCAUCAGGAGGGUGCUAUUUUGUUCAAGUUCGGUGUCUCAAAUCUGAUUUGAGAUUAACCAGACAAAUAAAAUCUCUCUCACUGGAUUGUUGGCUUUGUGAAAGAUAGCAACAGUCUCUCUCUCUCUCUCUCUCUCUCUCUCUCUCUCUCUCUCUCUCUCAUUCACUCUCACUCUCUCAUUCUUAAAUUGAUAUUUCCCCCCUAUCCUCCCACCCCCAGAGGCUGCCAGAGAGAUAACUUAACUAUUCUAAACCCCUCAUUUGGCCUCAAUUGACCAUCUUUCUCCAACUGGGUUCUUGAAUUGGGACCAAAGUAAGAUAUUCAAGGCCUGCUCUAGAAAGAAUAAGGAUAUGAUGAAGUCUGUCAAGUUUUAUAUGUGAAAUUCCAUAAUAGCAAGUCAGUUGAAUACAUAAGGAAGAAUCCAGCAGCUGUUCCCAUCUCCCAUCUCUGAUGGAUCUGGACCAAGACUCAAUCCAUCCAAAACUGUGAGGUUCUGCAGAGCCCUGAGGAGCAUCUUGUGUUCCACGGUGUCCUUCAGAAUCCAUGCUUUCUUUCACAAGUGCUCCCUCCCAUUGUGGAGGUGGGUUGAUGGAUGUGGUCCCGUAUCACUCUUCUUAGUGGCAAGGCUGACACGUCAGCAUGUCCAGUGACCUCAACAAUCUGACCCUUGAAUUUGCCUGAAUGAAGAUGUGCACACCCUUUCAGAGUGCUGCAUGUACAUGGGCCUUGUUAUUUCCAAGUUGUCACUGUGUAUCCUCAGCCAGAACUUGGGAGAACAUCCUUCAUGUGUAUUCCCUGGUACUGGCCACAGCCAUUUUGUGAUUGGGGACAAAAAGUCCCAGAUGAUCCCAUUAAAUGUUGGUGGUGUCAGUAGUGCCCAAACGCAUGUGUAAAAUAGGAGUCCUCUAUACAGUGACGUGAAUAUCACUUGCCCAGUCUUCCAUGGCCAUCAGGAAUUGCCCCAGGGAGAUUUCUCUGCAGAGUGCUGGUCACCUGCACCUCUCAUUUAAGAGCUAGGGUUUCUUUUUGUUUUUUUGUUUUUUGUUUUGUUUUGUUUUUUGUUUUUAAUUAGUUCAAGAUUUAGAGAAAGAUUAACUGGAAUGUUUGGGCAAAAGCCUUUGGAAAAGCUAUUCCUGAACUCACUUUAUUAAUGUUUUUUUUGAUCGCCAUCUCUGAAAAGGCCCUGUCCUUGCUUGGCACCCUGUGUGAGUCUGCUUUGGUGUGCUAGGAGUGAUUCAGAUGUGUGCAUAAAUGAUGCAAUGGCAGCUUAUUUGGUGAAUGUGGUCGGUGUUUCUGGGCAUUGUGGCCAUACUAUCUGUUCCCAAAGCCAUAUAGAAAAUGUGUGAUCCGGAGGCUGCUGAAACACUAUGGUAUUGUUGCCUUCGCUUUCUUCACCUUGAUAUCAGAGAGCGUUCUUGCUGUCUGAGGAGUUCUUUAGGGGCAAGAAGCACCCUGGGCAGCUCUGUCCCACUGGAGUGGCUCUGGCCUCACCAAUGGCAAAUGGCCUGUGACUUGCUUUCCAGAUCCUGAAAGAGCCCACCAACUGUUAGCUUCCCAGGCAGAUUUACUCCAUUAGGGCUGAGCUGUCCAUCUGCUGUUGAAAUGAAAUCAUUCCCAGGAAGAGUGACACACUAAGCCAUAUUAGGGAUUUAUACAUUUAAACACCUAAUCUACAUUAGGAUUUUCAUUCCUUUUCCUGGGAAUAAGUACAAUAACGCAGCAGGAGAAAGCAACACGGGCAUCCUGAGCAGCAGGACAGGGAGAAAGGAUAAAGGGUCCAGAAGACUAGUCAUUUAAGCCGCGCUCCGUCUCUACCUGUGUAGUGAAGACCCAUGGGGACCCUGGAUUAGGAGUUCUACCUGUUGUUUAUUUUCAGCACACAGUCACAUACAUAGUUUAUAGAUAGCUAAAUUCUACACUGUAUAGGGCAGGUAAGAAUUGUGACCCAGGAAACAAAAGACAGGCACCUUUCCUCAAAUGCAGGAUGCUGAGCGGAGAGUGGCAAAGAAAAAUGUCCAUUCAUAUUUAGUAUAUAAUCUGUUAGUAUGUUAUAAAAAGCAUGCAUUAUCUGUUCUCUGUUCUAGGCCAAGUAAUCUGCCAGUUCACUGAUUUGCCUGCAAUCUAAACAUGCCUAGUCUCCUUUCCCAUAGUCUCUGUGAGGGAGCCAGUUGACCCUCUGGUACUGUUGAACCUGGGGGCUUAUGUUACGGUUGGGUCAAUGUUAAAAUGCUCAUUUGUCAUCCUGAGAAUUUGUAACAUUGAUCUGAGUCUAGAAGUCCAUCAAGUUUGGGGAGGCAGCCAUAUGUAAGGCCACGGGCUGAAUGAACACAUCCUACCCUCAUCCCGUUCUCACAUUUGCUCAGUCACAUGAGGUCCCUGUGAGUUCUGUGGCCUGGAUGUAAGCUAUCUGCUCCCACAAGACAGCCUCUGUCAAAGCCUUGAGUGAAAGUCCAUGCUUUUCCCAUGCCUCGAAGAGACUGGUGACAUUCAGGUGCUCUAGGUAGCAGUACAGAAGCAAGGAGAAAGAACUUUGCUCAGAGGGUAUUGGGUUACCCUAGCAAUGCUGGAAAUGGGUGGAAAAUGGUAGGAACCUGGUGUAUUUCGCUGCCGCGGUAUCCUUGUUCAGUGAUGUCAGAGCUAAUCAUUGUGAGCUGCUGGUGAUGUUCCAUAUCCUGCAUCUGCUGGUGUGACUGGGGCUGGCAGUGCCAAUGGGAACUGAGAAUGAAAAGUAGAGUGGACGGGAGAGUUCCUCACAGCCUUGGGAUGCUGGUGUACAGAAUCUGCUUUGGCAAAUUCUGAAGUGGCACUUGGUGCAAAGAUCAAGUUACAGUGAAGAAGCACAAUUCUAAGCCCAUUACAAAACUAUUAUUUUAAAGCUAUGACUUCCAACCUGAACUCUGUUUGUCAAUUAAUAGUUAUUUUAAGGUUGUGAGUUAAAUGGUGGUACAGAAAAAAAAAUAAAUUAAAAAGCUCUACAUAAAUAUGUUAGUUCAAUUAAACCAAUAUCUGUUGAGCAUUUACUAUGUCCUUAAGCUAGUGCUGAGAAAUAUUUUAAAGAUUUUAAAAUGGAGUAUGUUAUACUCAUGUAGGAUACUCAAAUGCAUAAGUAUAAAAUAUUUAAAUCUAUGUAUUAUGUAUAUAUUAAUAGGCUUACAUAAAUUUCUGUGAUUCCUCAUAUAGGUUUAAUAUUUUCAGGUUUCAGGAUUUGAAUCAAAGAUAUCCAUUAUGUUAUUGAAGAAUACCACAGACAUUCAGCUCUCCACAUCAGAGCCAAGUCUUGACCACUUCUGGAAUUAUUACACAUUCUAAGCUAACACUCAGAGAUUCCCUCUCAGGUCACAGCCUUGCAUUUCCUUCACUCAUCUUUGCUAGCUUCUCAGCCAAGUACUCUUUGUCUGUGUGUGCCAAACUCCCCUUUGAGAUCUGAGGUACACUUCAAACAACAGGACUUCUCUCUGUCACAACUUUACUCCCUUGUACCCAGCUGCCUGUGUUCCUCUCCAAACAAAAUCUGGCAACAUCUGUAGGAACAAAUCUCUCCAUUCAAUUAGAGCCUUGAAUCCCUGUCUAUCUCUGUUUAUCUUUGCUCUCCCAGCCUUCUCAAGUGGAUAGAAUUUCUUCAUAUCCAUACCCAAUGCUUACAGAUUUGCAAUGUGUCUAAUCUGCUACUCACCUACAAAUUCCAAACAGCAAUAUUUCAAUGAGUGUCUUGCUACAAACCCAACAGCAUUUUUGUUCCCCUGACAUUCACCCUUAGAUGUUCACCUGAGCUACCUUUUGGGAGGUGGUACAAUACUGAUUUGGAUCUUACCUCUCACGUCCUCUAUGACCUCACUGACUUCUGCUUUUGCAACUGUCCAUGGUAAUUCCUCAUGAUCUUUCUGACUUCCACAACAUUUAUGGCUCUGAGUGGAGAUGAAUUUCAAAUCUUCGCUCCUAAACCCUAAUUUUCUCUUCAACUUAAUGCAUAUAUUUCUGAUCACCUCACUUCAGAUUGACCUGAAUACCCCCAUCUGCCUCUGCAAAUUGACUUAAUUAGCAAAUUCUCCUUCUGACUAGUGGGGCCAUUGCUCUCCUGUAACCACACUAAAGUUUUACCAGGAAUUUUUGCCUCCCUCAUGUCCCUGGUUUUGCACAUAUAAUCAUUUGGAAAACCUAUUUAUUGUCACUCUAAAGUUUCUCUGCCUCCCUUUUCAUUCAAGCUCUUCCCUCCCAUUGAUUAUUUCAGUGUUGCAUAUCAUUGUUCCAAGAGUUCAUAUUUCAGUCUGCUCUCAUCAGCUUGUUUCCUAACUAUAGUUACUUCAUGUCAUCCCUAACCUCAGAAGACAAGUCUUUAAUGAGCUCCCCUUGCCGUGACUUUCUAGCAAGUAGAACCUUAGCUCAUGCUCUUUGUCACAGGACAGUUAAAUUACAUACUUGUCCCUUAACAUUCCUUACCCAGCUAGAUUUACUUGUAUCUAAAACUUUUCUCUUUUCCCAAAAUGUCCUGCUCUGAACUGUCAUCUCCCAACUUUCUUGCAUAAUCCACUCCCUCUAUACAAGUCUUCAAAGACAAUAACAUAACUACAGCAUCUAUUUUCCUUCACAAUCUGUGCAGGGGAAAAAAAUCAGGCAUUUUACAAAUGCCCAUGACACUUUAAUCUUAUCUCCUAGGUGGCAACUGUCAGAGACCAUCUUCAUAAUUAUUUUAUUGUGCAUGUUAUCUUCCCUCUUAGAUUCAAAACAGGCCAUACAUUUACUAAUCUUUAUUUCCUCCAUCACCUAACAGGGUGUCUUGUACAUGAAGGGCACUAGUGAAUAUUUGAUAUUAUAAAUAAAAAUAGAAAAGGAGUUCACUUAUUUUACCCAUAGGAUCCUUAAAUCUGCAGGAAUACCUAAGGAUGAGUUCUUCCCCCUACCAGCCCCAUGUUUCUCUUCUUCUCCAGACACAGACUCAGUAAUGCACUAACAGGGCAUGUGUGCAUUUCCGUGUUUCCAAUGUGAAUUUGUAUUUUUCCAAGUUAUACUUCAUUCUCUGAAGUCCUUCUUUGACUACUUUAUGGGUAUUACUGUGUCCCCACAGUGAUGAGUGCACACAAGGUAAAUGUAGGAGGAUCAACUGUGAAGGAUAGUCAUCAAAUGUGAGGUAUCAGGAUCAUCCAGAUGCUGUGAGAAGAGAUGAUUCUAGACACAUUGCUGUCCUGAAUUAGUCUUGCAUGACCUAUGCUCAGAUUGACAGUUCUUUAUUCCAAGAGUUAGAUAGUUUGGGUCAUUUAGAUAUUUUCACUAACAGAAGGGUCUUAUUGCAAUGCAAGCUUACUAAUCACACAGUCUUGUGACUCUCAGGAAGUGAUCCAACAGGACCAGUGGAUUUCACUGAAUGCUGAAAGUUUACACCUUAGUAGGCCAGAUGUUGGGUCAGGGGCUGUAUGUUCUGCUUAUGCCCUUGUCUUAAUGGUGUUUCUUUCCUCACCCUUUCUGAUGCUUUAUGACAUUGAGUUCUUAAACAGAUCACCUCUGACAUAUACCUCAAGAGAAAAUACACCAAAGUUUCAAUGACUUGGUUGAGAGAGAAUUGUAAUGUCUCAAUUCCUCUUUUCUCUGUAAUUAUGAUUGGACUCAUUGCCCUAGAGGAAAGAGUAUUGCUUCUGGCCUGAUGGCCUCUUGUUCUCUGUUCUUCAUGCAGCCUUCACUUUUUCCCUUGGUUCCUUGGUUCUCUUAACAUGUCUCACCUGUUUGUUCUAGUUAGUGUCUAUCUCCGUCUCUGGAGAAAAUCUUGGGCUAGUCCUGUCCUUUUGCUUAAGCUGCUCUAGUACCAGAUAAUGCUCUCUUCCUUCCUCCUGGCCAGCCUCCUCUAUAAAUCUCAUGAUGUCAUUGGUCAUGAAUUAUUCUCCUUUGGGAGGCAUCUUCUGCCACUGAGUGCUAAUUUAAAGCAUACUGUAGUGAACCUAACUCAAAUACGCUACAGGCAAUGACAAGUUUGCUUUUCAAAAAUGCAGGCUGAGUUCAUUCUUCAUCAAGACAGGAAGGGGUAGAAAAUUAUUAUUGGCAAGCUGGGGUAAAACUUGUGACAAUUUAGGAGGUAUCUAGUAAAAAUUAAAAUGUUAAGUCUAAAGGGAUGUUUUUUUUUUUCAGUUUUAAUAGUUGUAGAUAGUAUUGAUCCUAGCAAUGGGGAUAAUUAACAUUUUAGAGCAAAGUCCAUCUCAUGAUAAUAGGAGACACUUAUUUUAAGCAGGGAAACAGACUGGCAUUAACUAGUGGAUGUGUUGAGAGGAUGCUGUUCUUUCAAAGAAGGCAUCCAUGAAAUUCUGAUGAACCGUGAAUGGACCAACAUCGUAUGGUUUUACAUGGUUAUUUUCUUUUAUAUCUUAUUGUACUCUAUUUUUUUACUUACCAGUACCUGUAAAGGAUGAUGAAGGCAAAGAAUAAGAGGCCCACACUAAGACUUCCCUUCAUGUCACAAGUAGAGCUGGGGGCUUUGGUCCCUAACUUUGAGGGCCCCUUCAGGAAGAAGAAAACCCCCAAAGGACCAGACUUGAGGCUGAUAGCCUCCCAGAGUCCCAUUCCUUUGACCACAGCCAAUUUGCAAAACCUCAGCAUUGGAGCAUGAUUUCCAGGUGUCUUCCAGAUGAGGACAGAAUUGUCCUUUUUGCUUACCCCGUUUGGUUGUAACCUGAGAGGCAGAAGCAAGGCAGAUUAGAAAUGAGGGGCAUUGCAAAGCAUUUUUCAAGGGCCCAUUUCAAAGUUCUUGGGGACUUUAGGCUGUUUGAUCAAGUGCUAGAAAUUCCAGGGGAGGUGUCCAGAAAGAACGCUGACCCUGCAGUAAGGGAGCUGGACCCAGCCUCAUCUGUGAGGUCCUAAAUGCUUACAGAAAGUCUGGUCACACGGCAUCCCUGAGUCAGCGUCCUAGUCCCUUGGAAGACACCCAGAGAGCUGUUGAUCACCACCCUGGGCAAAGAGGGUACAGCUUGUUCUACCAGCCUAGCUAUAGAAUGUUAACCUUCAUGAAUCUGUCCACUCUCUGCAGGAGGAGGCUCACAGUGCUAGCAUUGGACAGGAUCAGAGCUGCAGGGAAUGUGGUCCCAGGAAUGUGAAAGUGUGUUGUGGCUUACUUCCUUCAGACAAUGAUACUACUUGUUUCCAAAAGGGAUUCUUUUUUCUUUAAAAAACAAAACAAACAAACAAAAAGCUAUGUCUUCCUGAAACUUCAGAAUAGUCUGUGUAGCUGCCAUCACCACAUUUUAAUUGUAAUUAUUUAAUUAAAUUAUCAAUAACCAUUUUCUUUUGAAAUCAGGGCUAUUUUAAUGUUCCCUUUGGAUGUGCUAAGAAGCAUUGGCAAGCAAGAGACUACACCACUUGGUUGUCUCGGUCUGAGUUGUGUUUUCAGUCUUAUAAAUAGAUAUCAUGUUCUUCACACAGUUCCAUGCAUUAAAUGAUCCCUUUGCCAUGAGUAUCCUCACAUUUGUGUUUCUAUCCACCACCCCUCAAACACACACAUAUGUACACACAUGCACACACACAUACACAAUAUUAUGAUGAGAAGUUGAGAUACAUACAGAACAUUAAUGUGUACAUGAUAGUGAAUUUUUCUAAACAAGAGCCUGACCAGUAUAAUUCUAUUAACACCCCCACUCUGUACAUUGAUGACCAAGAUGUACAUAACUUGGCAUCUUGAACCAGCAGAAAAAAAUCAUUUUGUCACAGUCCUUGAGAAUCAUAGACGUUUUAAAUGCCCAGGGCAAUGAGUUCAGUUAUGUCUCAGGCAAAAGAAAUGGAUCACUAAGACAGGUGAAGGGCCAACACUUCAGCAUUCUUAGUUCAUGCCACAAAGAAGGUCCAGAGCACUUGCAGUUCCUAGGAUGAUGCCACUUGUCUUUUUGGAGAAGGAUGGUGUUUGUGAAGUCAAAAGUAACUCACUUGGAUCUUUACCAUUUUUGGCUCCUGGUGUGGAUAUGGGCUAAUUUACCAUCACCGUUUCUCCUGAUAGCCUCCUUGACAGGGUCACGUGAUGGAUUUGGUUGUACAGAUGAACACACAGAAGCACAGAUGCACUAGUAAAGUCAAAGCUUCCAUUGCAAACUGUCUGUACUUUGUACCACAGGCUAUCUCAUGUACCCUAGGCUAUCUCAGAAAGUCAUACUGCAUGAACUCUCCCACCCCAAGUUUUUAAUACCUAAUAGUGGAAGAAAGUCAUGAAAUCCAGGCAACUUGUUUAACCAAACCGUUUGCACAAAAUUCAUCUUCCCAGAUCCCCACCCUGCCCAUCUCCCAUAAUGCAUCAGUCUACAGAAAUCAAUCAAAUGGUGGAACAAAGCAGGAAUCUGCAAAACAAAGAUAGAAAAGUCUCUGUAAUGAAGGAAAUUUGAAGAGCAAAUCAAAGUGUUUGAAUUUUGUAAGGUAAGACAUGGGGGAUAACUUUUAUUUUUCAAAAUUUUUAUACAGCGUGUGAGCAGCCCAAAUCUCCCAGACUGGUAACUUAGGAAGGAGGCCUUUUAAAAGUGUGUGUGAGGUGGUCAUGAAAUGUUGAAGGUGUCAGUAGUUUGGGCUAGCCCACAGGGAAGGCAACUUCAAGGCAGAAUCCUUUACAUUCUUUUCCAGGGUACUUGAAUCUAAUUUAGCCUGGUCCUAAUAUUAAGACAUGAGUCAGUUCUAGAAAUGUUAUGUAGACAUGUAGUGCAAUGAAUUUCUGACAAAAGACCUUGCAUCCCCCAGAACACUAAUAAAUAAUGAUUCUCUGUCUAAAUUAUUAUUUAGGAGAACAGUGCCAUCUGCAGCAAAUAGUUGUGAGACAUUGAUUUUGCCCCAAGAUUAUAGUGGUAAAUUGCUCAGCAACCACAGCUGAUGGACUCCCAUAGCUACCUUCUCUUGCAAUGUGUCUGCUGACUGGUGAAUGGAACCAAGCUUGGGGGCGAAAUCCUGCCUUUCCAGAGGAUAGCAUCUUGAAUUUAUAUCUCAAGAGAGUUUGCUCCUUAUGCAGAACAGUCUGCUUAUACCAAGAACAGUGAAAUGCUCUACCUUCACGUAGGCUUUGACCAAUUUAAUCAGUCUAUCCUGCCCCAGAGAGGAUGCUGCAAAGUGUAGGGAGAAGAAGAAAUUACUCAUUCCCGUGUGUGUGUGGAGGAAUUGAGAACAGCUCAAUUGCUGUUGAAUGCUCCUCAAACUUAGCUUAGAAUCGAGUUGGUGACAAAAAGCGGUUCUCUCUCACCCUUUUGCCUCCUGAGAGCUGGCGUAAGAUCACGUUGGUAUGCAUAGAAAGCCGAGAAAGAGGGCAGCCUAUUCUACCUUGAUGCCAUGAUGGCUUCAUCUUGCUUAGGAAUUUCAUUACCUCUAUCAUGAUGCUCCUUACUAACAUCACAAAGCCAAGAUCUGAUGGGUGUUGGAACAUCCUAUUCCCCUGAGAUGGCCAUUCCUUCUCUGGUGCUAUACUCAUAUUCAUUGUGGGACAGAACAGAAAUAAGAUUCAUAGGACCCUAAGGGCAUGGAUGGAGAAUUACUUAAUUGAAACCACAAAGCUCUUGUGCUUAAUAUUAAAUAUUAAAGUGGAAAUGAAAAAGGCAACCCUCAAGCACAGCUGCCCACAGUGCAGAUUGGGAAAGCAUUAUAGGAAAAGUUUUAGAAAGCAAGUCCCCGUCUACCGAAGGCUGGAGCAAUCGAACUGAAAGUAUAUACAGAAUCAGGGUAGUUCAUAUUUUGAGGAUAUUGUAGCUGGUAUGGAUGCUUCCUGUGCAAAGACUGAAGUAGGUAAAAGUCAGUUUUGGAGCUUAGGACUCUCUCCUCAGAGCAGUGUCCACAUGAACCGAAUCCCCUUGCCACUGACCUUAUGGGCAGAAUGUAAUUCCUCUCAUAUUGCAGAUUGAUUUCUUCCUAUGCCAGGCUUCCCACUGGACAUUGAGCCCUGAGGUAACUCACAACCUUUCCUUGUCCUCAUGCCCUCUGUCACUUCUAUUAAAGAACAGUCCUUAAAGCCUGUUUGGGUAAGUCCUGUUGGAUGAGGCCAGUUACCUGGGUGGAAGUGAGAAAUAGGCAACGGGUUUCAAUACCAAGAAGAGACGCCUCCUAGGAAAACAUACAUGCCUACUAAUUUCUAAUCUAAUCAGGAAGUUGGAGAGCAUUUGAAGAUGUGGAGCAUCUUUCUUUCAAUGAAACAAGAUAGAGUAUUACUAUUCUUUCCAUUCUCUGCUCAUUCUCUGGGAUACUAAAACUGUUUCUCUUCCCAGCAAGAUAAAUGGGGCCAAGGACAAAACUCCAACCUUCUCAGACAGCUAUGACUGUCUUCUGCAUGUUUUUGUUUCUUUUCUCACAUUAUCUGCCACAUGAUGAAGAAAUAUGCAUGGCCAUCACUAGUCAGACAUACCGGCAAAAUAUGAUACAGAAAUUCAUUAGGAAUGAUUAGAAUCAGCAUAUUUCAUUUAAUCCCAAUGGUCUUUGGGGAAUCCUGUCUGUAAUUCAUCUCUCCUCUGAGACUCUUUCCUCUUCUUGAAGCCAUUAUUACAACAGGAAUUCACUGUUUCAAAGUUGACUAAAGGAAUGAUAGCUAUGCUAGGAAAUUGACCCCAAAUACUUAUUUUUAUAGCCAUGGAAAAGUGGGUUUUAUAUUGACAAUAACUUUUCCAGUUCUUUCCAUAGAAAUCCUUCUUGACCUCUCUGCCUCUUGCUAUAUCUCCAGAUCCCACUUCUUGAUCUGGGAUUCCCUCUCUACCUUAUUCUCCUGUUAUAAAAGAAAAAUAUGCCCCUUAAACUGAAUUCUUAUUUAAACAGGUUACUCAGAAAAAGAUCUGAGAAUAAUUUCUCAUUGGUUUUCUUGUUAUUCCUUAAUUCGGAAAGAAAGAGUUGGAAAAAAAUAGUAAGCAAGAAAGCAAACACGGCCUUGUCCUCAGAUGCUUCAACUCAAGGUCAAGUGCCAGGAAACUGAGUGUGCUCAAGUGAGAGCCGAGGACCUGCUAAAGGAGAGGGACGUGCUCCAGAAUAUUAAGCAGCCACUGAGCAGGUACACAUGGGCUCUGGUCAAGAUGAUUUCUGUGUGCAUGAAGGCAUUAAUCUCUCACCCUAGCUCUCCUUCCCACAUCCCUCCCUUUCGCUGUCAUUUCAAGGCACAAGAUCUAUGAUGGGGAAUGCGUUAGUUUAAACACACUGAUGAUGUUGCACUAUCCCCAGCUUUCCUUUGCCCUAGGCACAGGGAAAGCCAGUGCCUCUAAGUCUCUCAGCCAAUGAGUUGUUGCAUGUCAGUUCUGACUUGUUCGUAGCACAUGCUGUUAAAAUGAGAGAAAACUAGAGUGGGAAAUAAAUUCAGUGACAAGUAGACCAGAGCAUGGUUCUGAAAUAAUAGUCUUCACCAAGGGAAGCCAAAUUCCAGAAGCAAAAGAAAAGGGUAAAGAGGGCCUGAUGGUUUAGAGGACAGAGAGGAUAAUGUUUAUUGUUCAUGAUGUUCAUAAUGUCCAAGAUGCUCUGAUUAACCCCACUAAAAGUAUUGUCCAUCACUCCCACCCACCCACAAGCUCUAGUGGAAGGAGAAACCUGCUACCACUGACCACUCAGACAGAGGUGGAUUCACUAGAAACAGGCACAGGCUUUCUGGCAGGGAGCUACUAACAAGCAAUGCACCUUGGCUCUUCGAGAACUCAUCUUCAGACCUUAGGGCAGCUCCUCACUGACUGUCUCCAUUUUCCAGUCUAGAAUAUUCUGAGCAGAAGAGCCUCAUGCUCAUUGGGAUGGCAAUUACUCAAUUUGGGAAGCCAAAGGACACAGAGAAGAGGAGAAUAUAUCAAGAGAAUGGAGUUAGCUUAAGCUUUUUUAUUUCUUCAUCUUCUUCAAUUUUAGUGUGGUUUGGCAUCACAAAGUUAGGUCACCUUUGAGAGAGAAAAUCUUUUAAAUAAAAUUGUAUCUUCCCAUCCCAGUGAAAACACCAAUUUUCACUUUCUAAUCUGAAAGUGAAAGUAAUCAGUUUUCUAAUCUGAUUACUGUUUACUCCAGAAAGGAAAUUGGUGGAUUCAAUUACAAACAGGCAUUUUGCAGAUUGCUUUAAUCCUGAUUCUUACACAUAUUAGCAUGAAAUUUAUUGACUCAGACAUGAUCCUUUAAGCUGUAAAACCUCAUUAAAGGGAAAUAGAUCAUGUGUUCUUAACCAACUUGGUUAAAAGGAUGAAGUAAUGCUCCCACAAUUCAGUCUGUUCAUUCUACUCUAGCAGAAGGCAUUUGGGAAUUAGGCAACAGAGGAGGAACACCAAGGGGGGACAAUAGAGACAGAGAAAUGGCUAAUGAGACUGGGGGUCAUUUUUUUAUUAUUAAAAAUAAUAAUAAACCCAAGGUCAAUUCUCAGAUCCAAAAUGAGCCCUGCCUGUGCCAUUUAAAAUGUUUGCUGAAAUAUAUCCAGGGUUCAAAGUUUAAUAUUUUCUUGGAAGAGGGGUCUUGGUGAUUCUGUCUUAUUUUACUUUUUAUUGGAAAUUGUAUUUGGAAAACAUUUGUCUGCAGUUCUUGGGCAUGUCUGUCCUUGCAAGGUUGUUUAUUGAAUGGAAACCCUGUGCCAGGGUGGUCUAGGUGCUGGGAGUCAACACAACAGAGGCAGUGUCUCUUGAGGUUCAUGUGUCACCGAGAGGAAGUUUUUCAUGUGAGAGUAACUUUACGAUGCUUACCAAACAUCCAGGUGGAAAGCAGACUAGGCAACUGCAUACCCAAGCUUGAAGUUGAAGGCCCAGGGAGGGAUUUUUUUUUAAUUGCCCAUUUUGUGAUGACCAGAAUGACCCAGUAGAGACAGGAAGCUGACGGUGCUUAGGAAGAGAAGAUGGUGACCAGAGUAUUGGCGAUGAUGAGUGAAAGGGGAUGGAAUCCACUGCACAAAUAGAAGGCUGGAUGUAGGAGCUGCUGGUGCUUUAUAACAGAGAGACUGCGGUAUGGGCACAGAUGCAAGGGGGUAGAGAGGCCUGGGAACAUGUCUGCUCGAUUGGAACUAUUCCGUGAAAUACAAAGAGAAUUCAUCAGCUAAGAGUGGUAAUUCAAGACUGUUUCAAUGAUUGAGCCAGGCAGAGGAGGAGAACUCGUAUUCCCUGAUGUACUUCGUGCGAGAUUUGGUCACUAUAUGUGGUUUUUCAUGGAGGAGAGCUGGAAUGGUCUGAAAAUGGCACUGCUGAGCACUUGAGCCACCUCUAGACUGGUGCUGUAACAAACGUGUGACUGGAAUGCAUGCUACUCAGUAGGGCUGCUGGAGUCUCCAGGAAGACAAGGAUGUGACAGAAGUCGCCAGGGUGUGUGACAGUGGAGGACCGUGGAUUCAUAGGAAGGAAUGGGAGCUAAGGAUAGAAGAUGGACUGCAGUAGGAGCUGGACCAGCUCACCUGUGGAUGAAGGUGAGCGUGGGCUCCUCACAGUGGCUCUCCUGAGCUGGGUUCAUGGGUGGUUGAGGUUGGUACUGGUAGUCGUUAUCAGGUUGACGUGUCAAGGCUGCAUGUGCUGGUCAAGACCUUGCCAGCAGCAUGGGGCACUCUCACGGUUCAUCAGUACCCACCCACCCCACCCCCACCUUUUAAUUUCCACUGCCAAAUUCUACUUUUGCUUAUUUAUUUGCUUGGAGACAAAGUUCAAUCCUCCUGCCUCAGCCUCCCGAGUGCUGGGAUUGAAAGCAUCCACACCCAAUCCUAGAUUGGCCCUGCAUGGUUUCAUAGAUGUCAUUAGAUGUGACCCUGGAUGGAGAUGGCAUUGCAACACUUUACCUCCAAAAAGACUACAUUUCACCGUACAUCUUGCCCUUUCUGCUUUAAAAGCUUCCAACUAAGUUGCUCUCCUUGGGGGAAAUUCAGAAUUCUUUCUUCUUAUUUAUCUUACUCUUUGUUCAUCUUUUAAAAGAAAUCUAGAAGAAGAGCAAACAGCUUUGCUUCUGCCCAAUUCUAGCAAAUAAUGGUUUCCUCUGACUGAUCAUUCAGUAUUUUCUUUUGUGACAGAGAACAGUGGGCCAGGAGCAUUAGGAAAUGAUUGGGCAUCUUUGAAAGCUUUGGAGGGAGCAACAUUUUGGAUGAUUAAGAUGGGGUUAGAGAAGAAAGGUUUUAGUGGGGCUGCAUGGGGGAGCGGAGGGGGAGGAGUGUACACUGAAGAUAACACUGGAAAAAAAUUAAAACUUUGACGAAAGGAGGUGGCAGGGCGUGGGGGUGGGGCAUCUGUAGCAUCUGGAGAUUUGGCACACAUAAACUAGAUCCUGCCUUCUCCACAACAUUCGGCAUAUCCGACACCAGUGAUAGACUGGUCUUAUUUUAUUUCCUGGGGCCUUUAGGAAAUCAUAACUUGAUUUGGUAGAGACAGCAGGCCUUUCUACUGAGCUAGUUCUCCUGACCCAACAGAACAAGGGGCAGGUGAAAUCGUCACUGCCGGUUCAGCUUCACUGUUCACCAGUGAACACACACCCUUCAGCUGGUUCAGCUUCACUGUUCACCUUCAGCUCUGCCUUAGCCUUCCUGCCGCUCCUCUCAAAGAUCAGCUGGUGUUCACCCAGGCUCAUCUAAUGCCUGUCUUCGGGUCUGUGUUGGAAGAGUAUUACAGCCAACUCAAGGGCUUAUUCCAUGCUUUAUGCACCAGUGCUGGCUACAACUCCUUUAGCAAAGAACAGGGAAGCAAAAGCUGCAGGGGGGGUUGUCCUGGCUGCUUGACUUCCUGCCCAGCAGGAAUCCAGCCUUUCAGAGGUCAACUGAACAGAGCAUGGCUUCCAUCUGCCCAAGAUUUCCCCU